GAAGCAGAGCGUGGAAUGUUGGUACAUUGUUGUUGUUUUGUAGUUAAUUUAGUACGAGGAUACGCCGCUGCCCGCCUGCUGGACGGUUUAUACCAACUUUGUCAAGUUACUUCGCCGGCUGCUGAGGAAACGUACUCUGUCAGUUUACGCACUCCGGUCCACAGAUAUCUGCGUCCACAGAGUGUGUCUUCUGUGAGAUUCUGGUCAUUUGUCUUCAUGCAGGGAAUGACGACUAAUUUUAAACCAAGCAAUGCUUUAAAGGUCAAGAAGGAAGUAGGUGAGAAUGCCCCAGUGCUCAGUGAUGAUGAGUUGGUUGCCAUGUCUGUGCGGGAGCUCAACCAGCACCUGCGUGGGCUCACCAAGGAGGAUGUUGUGCGAUUGAAGCAGCGACGACGGACCCUGAAAAACCGCGGCUAUGCCGCCAGCUGCCGCAUCAAACGUGUUACCCAAAAGGAGGAGCUGGAGAGACAAAAGAUCGAGUUGCAGCAGGAGGUGGACAAGCUGGCCCGUGAGAAUGCCAGCAUGAGAUUGGAGUUGGAUGCCCUGCGAGCCAAGUAUGAGGCUUUGCAGUGUUUCGCCCGGACUGUGACCCGGGGACCUCUCUCACCAGGCAAAGUUGCCCCCACCAGCGUCAUCACCAUCGUCAAAUCUGCCAGCCAAAACAACUCCAGCCCAUCUCCUUUCUCAGCACCUUCCUAGUGUUGACAGGACUGGGCUCUCCUUUGCCUGCCUGGUCCUUCCUGUUUCUGACCUGGUCUGAACCCACUCAUCCCACACUGAGAGGAGGCUCAGUAGUUAGACUGAGGGAUGGCUGGGGUGGCAAGCUCUAUGUGAUGUUAUGCUGCGUUCACAAUUCUGUCUCCCUCUUUGUGUCUCUUUCACACAAUCUUUGUCUGUGCACUGUGCAAACCCCCUCCCUGACCCCCAGCACCGGCAGGUUAUUGGGCCUCUGUGACCCGACCUCCAUAACUGAAAGCAGAGAUUUGCUUUUAUCUCCAAUUUUAAGUAUUUGACGUGCCUUAAUGUGGCAGCACAUGGUCUAGGGCACCUCUGAUACUCAGUGCUGUAAAGCAUACAACAUGAGGUUUAAGUAAUGCAUAUGAGACAGUACAGAUAUUUUUAAAGCCUUUGCCAAAUCAUGUUUUCUUUGUAUAAAUAUUAAUGAGCCUCUGAGUCUGUUGGCUCGAACAGUACAACACGUGAUCUACACUAUAUCUCACAUGUAGUUUAACACAUAGAGGCGUUAUCUUUCCAGCUGUGAGGUCAAAUGGACGCCUCUUCAAGGCCACAGUUAUCAGAUGCCUUUGAGAGGUGGCCAAAUGAUGCACCAGAUGGUUUUACUCAUAUGCUCCUCUUCACAUUUCAGAGGUGCUAAGCGGUAAAGUCACCUGAUUGGGUGUUUGAUUAAAAUGAAAUCUUGCCUAGAAAUGGUUCUCUGUGGGAUCUUUGCAUUAUACCUUUGAUAAUUGACCAACGUUUACCUAAAAGGCCCUGUAUGUCUUUCUUGGUCAAAAAAAUUUCAACAUCCCUCAUGCCAAAUAACCUAUUUAGUUUUUAGAAAGCAAUACCAGAGAUUAGCAGUUUGAAGAAUCCGAGAGUCUUUUACAGAACAGCUCAAAGUGUUCUAAUUUGGCAGUUUUGGGGAAACACCUUAAAUAUUUGGAAAGUUUCAAACUUGACCAUUAUGAUGGAAUCUGUAUUUGUAAGUCUUUGCUGGACUACACUGAGUUCCCUUGUGAAAUAUUGAAAAUGUGCCUUCUUGUCUCCUAUUGGCAUUGAGAAAAGGCAUGUCCAUGUCACAUCAGAUUUCAAAAAGGCAUACUUGAUGCAUCCUGAAGUUGCCAUUAUACUACAUUCUUGUAGAGAGAGAGCUGAGUCGGGCUGUUAUGUUGUUGAAGACAGUAGAGGCAGUUGGAGCGGUUGCAUGUGAUUCUGCUGAUGUGUGUAGCCCCUUGACUCAUAAGUUUCUUAAUAUAUAGGCGUAACAAAUUUUAAUUCUAUUUAAAUGGUAGACUUGGUAAGACUAAAUUGUAAAAUUGCAAAGUGAUUAAGGAACAUUUUGGGACAUUCGUUUGGAUUCAGAAGGUUUGACAAUGGUGCCUUUCAUUGAAUAGCACUUAGAGAAAACUGUUAAGAUACAGGAUAAAAAAAAAACAAACCCUGACAGGGCCACUUGUUUAAAGAAGGAAGUUAACUAAGUGAAAAUAAAAUGUGGUUUAACCACUUACAGGAAAGUCAUGCCUAAAGUAACUAAUGAUGGUGAACUCUGAUAUGUACAGUCUACUAAGGCACUUAUUGGGUGAUGUUUAACCUCUCUUUCUUUGAAUGCAACUCUUGGUAGGUAAUCCAUAUUGGAUAUGAGAGCAGACCUUAUAAGUAUGAUGCAAUUCACAUUACUUACUGUAUAUUACAGACUAGAGAUGACAAAGCUCCAACUGCUUCUGUUGUCCCUCAGAUUGAGAUUUCCGUCCAAAUAGAAAUCAUUCCUAAUGCUGGGUCACAAGAAGUGCCGCCGCCGGUGUUGGUGUUUCUGAAACAGUAACCAUUUACUUUUCUUUUGACACACUCUUCUACAAGAGAACUCCUGACACCCAUCUCUAGAAACAGUGGUGUCGUGAUAACUAAAUGCAGUAAAGACCUUGCUCUCAUUGUACAUUUUGUGAUAUUUAAAUAUGAAAUUCACUUGAAAUCAAGCCGUUCUUACCGAGAAUCCAUUCCCAAUUUGGAGUGAAGUCAGUAGAGAUUGCUCAUGUCAGGAUUUUCUCUUGGCUAAGAGGACAUGACUGUUCUUCCCCUGUUCCAUAGCUGCAAACAGAACAGUAUGGGGAACUUUGCUGCUGUACAACCUGCUGUGAUUUUUAUUUUGUUUUUUAAGCAGGGGCAUUGCUGUGUUCUUACUCUCAUUUUAUAUUUUCACUUGGUUUGUGUCAAUACAGCCCAUGUUCUUUUUUUCUGAUACUUAGUUUUAUAAGCAUAUACAUUAUAUAAAUAUACAGUAUAUAGUACAUAUUUUUCUAUAUUUAUGUCUUUUACUAUGCCGGGAGUGGUGUGAUUAUGUAAUCAGUCUUUGAAGUCUAAUUAUAUGGAUGCUGACCUUUUUAUAAAAAAGAAAAAAAAAAGGAAAAAAAGAAGUUGUAUUCACAUUUACAAUGAGACAGCUAUUCUCAUAACUUAAGCCUUGUGAGUAUUUAUAGCCCAAGAAUAGUUCUUCUCAGCACAUUCACUAUGUAUCUAAUGCACAACUUGGACAGUAACUAGGGUUACAUGCAGGCUGCAGCUAAUCAUCUGCAAGAACUAGACAUUUAAGAACAGGGAAAUGAGUCUGCCAGCUCGCUGUUACUAGCAAGACGCGUCACACUUUGUCACUUAAAAUGAGUGAAUAAUUCAACACUGCCAAAAACUUAAAGUGCCUAAUUUUAUCAAAAAUGUUCAGCAAAUAGGCUUUUGGGCAGCAUUAACUGUGGAGUUAAGAAUAUUUCAUAUGGGAGGAAAAAUUGCUCUUAAAACAGAUCAACCUGCAUGCAAACCUAGUCGGCCACUGCGGCCACUAAGCCUGAUAUCCUUUUCUAAAGAUGGUCAGUCAGUAGUUUAAAAUGACUGCAAUGCUUUUGUAACUGCUAAACAAACCAACCAAACCCAAAGCUGUUUUAAGACUGUUCACCCAGGCUUCUUUACAGAUAAUGAAUGUGUCAAGUCUUGGGCAAAUGAGUACAUGUUACCUGUUUACAUAAAUUAUUUCUUGAGCACAUUCACUUAAAAGGCAGUGUGGCUAAAAGCAUGUCUUGCAUAGCAUUACAGUGACCUCUUGUGGUUUAGUUUAAAAUCCAAACUAAGCUACAUCAGGCCUGCUUUAAUUUUAGCACUUAUUACUGUAUUUGAGUCUGAGGUGAAUACUUUUUGUUUUGUUUUUUUUUAAUAAGCACACCUAAAUAAUAAUUACCUGGAAAAAAUCAUUUUCAGAUGUUAACGUAUAUAUUUAUGUAAAGUGCCUAAUAAAAGGACAAACCUUUCUCUGGGUGAAUUAAGUUCUACAUUUCAGAAUGACCUAGCAGUGUCUAUUCAUGCUCUUAGACACAAGUUUUCUUAAGCUACCCAAAACAUAAUGUCUUGAAGGCACACACAUUUUAAAAAAAAUUAUUCAAAAAAAAAAAAAAAAUUUGCAUAGAUUAAUGUAGACGUGUUAAUGGGUGAAAAAUCCAAAACCUGCCAUGGAUGAAUACGAAACUCGGUCUGAACAGCUUUCUUUCUACAGUGAAAAACAGCACUUGUGAUACCAAGGAGCAGUAAUAGAACUGAGAUAUUUUCUUACCUUUCACACAUUAAUUAUUGCAGUGCAAAUGUAUGUACAGAGACGUGCAUGCUUCUAUAGCUUGAGUGAGCGUUCAAGGUGAUCGGUUUAAAAAUCUGUCUUUGAUUAAAUAAGCUUUGACACACAAGCUUUGCCAGUCCUACAAGCUGUAGUAUUUAGCUUUAGCCAUGUAGAAAGUCAUUUUAAUGUUAUAGAAGGAAUGGCGCAUGUAUGCAGAUUAGAUGUGGAUGAAAUUAUGGAUGAAAUGCGUUGAAGGUUAGUUUAACAGCAGCAACAUCUGCGUUUGUGAGUAUGAGAUAAAUGUCUUGAGGCUUAGAGUGACUGUCGCGUAACGGUUAAAAAGGCAGCAUAAACUGAGUGCGUCCCCUUCAUGACUUGUCAUUACUCUGCUCAUAUUUUAUAUUUAUUUCAAUGAUUUGUGUAAUUUUAUUAAAAAAGAAACACCUAAAUUAUUUUUUGCAUUCAUUUACAUGUUUUCUUAAUGAACUACCCUCAUGUACAAAUAAAAUCUGUGUUUCUGCUCUGA